UAGAAGGCAAUAGGUCAGUACGAGUGACCUGCUGAGAGAAGUCAUGUCAGUUUGUCAUCAUCUGGUCCGAAAGUGUCGGACAUCUGAUCAUUUUACAGGUGUUUAAGCCACCUGCUGAAGAUGUUACCCACAGGCUAGACGAGACCGUAGAACAAAAAGCACAGCUGGUUGUGGCGGCCAAUCCACCUCGUUGUGCUGACGUCUGAGGGCACGAAAUGGCGAUUUCACCCCUUCACAUAGUUGUGCUGAAUGCAGUGAUAUUUGGGGUCCUGGCAACCAUCUUCACAGUGAUCGCGGUGGCCACAACGGCAUGGCAGGAUUACAAGUGGGACUACAGCGCACUUCAAAAGUUAAACGACACUAACCACUGGCAAAUAAUUGAGCCAUUGUCGAGUGAUGGCUAUUACAUAGCUAAGCAAAAAGUGACGAACAUACUGAACGAUACGGAGAUUACGGCAUGGGUGGAGAAAGAGUUCUUGUACGACACGUAUACUGGCGUCUGGCAGAUCUGUAAUUCUCUGUCCGACGAAGCCCUUCAAGCCGUCGGGAAGAAUUCCCGGUGCUUCGGUUUUGUGACAGAAUAUAACAAGGAAACAACACAGUUUGAUGAAAACGGGAAAUGGUUGGCACGUAUGCACAACUCAGCCGCCACGUGUUUCAUUGUGUCUCUUGUUUAUCUGUUCGGGGCAUUGGUGAUAGGAGCUAUAGGCAUCUCCCGGAGACAAGUUUCAGUGUGUAUGCUCACGGGAGUUCUCUAUGUACUCGCAGCUGUGUUUUCGGUGUUCGGCCUAGGGAUUUUCCACAGUAAGAACAACAAUGAGAAAUAUGAGUGCUACGCUCUGGAAAACAUCCCAGAAGACCUUUGCUCCGCCCGAACGGUCACUGUCCUCUGGUCGCUUACUCUGGGCUGGGUUGGGGUUGCCUUCGCUCUCAUCGCCUCCUCUUUCUGGCUAUUUCUGGUACGAGCGCUCAGAGUCAUCAGGGCCAAGACGAUAAACAUAUAACCUUCUGUGGACAAGUGCUAUCGAGUGCUGUACCAGGCCGCUUAUUGACCAAAUCCUUUUCAGUACGUAGUACGUAACAGCCGUAGAGUACGUCAAUAUCGCCUCAACAAUAAAUCUCUUAGAACUGUAAUCCUCAAGACUUACAGUGUAUAUGUACUUAAUUUCUAGUACAAGAACGGUGGUAAAUCCCUUACUUGACCCACCGAAUUUCAAAUAAGCGCGAAUUAAUUCCAAGCCAGUAAAUCACAACGCUAAAAAUGAGCAUCCCAUAAAAGCUUUUGUGGGUCAUUUAAGCAUAAUGAAUGUAUGUUAUACGUAGAGACAAUCCCGAAUGGAACUGACAACCAUUCUAAAAAUAAAGCCAACUGUUAACGUUUGUAUGUACUGUUUAAAAGUCAUCGAAGAUUACUAGAAAUGAUCCUUAAAGUUUUGCAAGAGAGGGAAAUUAAUAAGAGUAACUUGUUGAACUGAGUAAGACUUUUAUAUGAAACACUUAACUUUAGAUAUGAAUCGUUUAACUCAUUACUUGUGUGUUUGUGCAAGUACAAUGUUUGAGUUAUUAUUUUAUUCGAGGCCAAGUUUUGUUAAACUGAUGCCUGGCCUUAUAGAACUAAAGCUUUUAAAUGUAGCAUUUGUUUGUUCACAGUGCUGUUAUGAAAAGUAUAUCUUGUCCAAGCAUGGUGGUAAGAUCACACAAUCUCCGCCACAAUCCACCACCUUCAACCACCACGUUGUGCUGACAUACCAGUUAUAAAACAAAAAUCAACCAGUAAUGAUAUAAAACGUGUUUUUUUUUUUUUUUUUCAUUACUGGUGGAUUUUUAUUUCACGACUGGUUCCGGUUUAUUACAAGUCCCGUGUAGUUUAUCAUCUUACACAACAGGGCACAACAACAUACAUGUACAAUCGUUUGGUUUCUAUCC